AGGGGCCAGUACGCGCCGCGAUAAUUAGCCGCGGAUGCAUUAACGGGAAUAACCGGAUCAUGAGGAUUUGAGAAGGACACGUCUCCACAAUCGUAAAAACGAGGGGAUUAAGUCAGGAGUCCUCUCUCGUCCCGGGGCCGGUCGCCGUCAUGGGGAUAGACAGGCGGCGGAGAGCAUCUAUGGCUCUCACCUUGAACUUCCUCGCCUUGUUCCUGGCCGUGUCCGCGCUCACCACCAGCUACUGGUGCGAGGGGACGCGUAAAGUCGUGAAGCCGUUCUGCACCGGCCCGGUCACCACCAAGCAGUCGUUCUGCAUCAGGUUCAACAGCUCCAACAUCAACGACACGCGGCUGGUUCAGUACAUCUGGGAGACCGGGGAGGACAAGUACGUGAUGAGGAAGUUUCACACCGGCAUCUGGUUCUCCUGCGAGCAGAACAUCAACAUGACCAGUGAAAACUGCAGAAGUUUCCUUAAUGUUGCACCUUCGAAUGAAAGAGGAGUGCUGUGGCUGUGCAUUGUUGCAGAGUGCCUGUACAUCCUCCUGCUGGCCACCGGAGGCAUCCUCAUGUCCCUUGAGGUGUGUCAUUUCGGCAAUGUCAUCGAUGGCCUCAAGCUCAACGCCUUCGCUGCCAUAUUCACCGUUCUCUCAGGUCUGUUGGGGAUGGUGGCACACAUGAUGUUCACCACUGCAUUCCAGCUGACUGUCAGUCUGGGCCCAGAGGACUGGAAACCUCAGACGUGGGACUACAGCUGGUCGUACAUUCUGGCAUGGAGUUCCUUCACAGCCUGCAUGGCAUCCUCGGUCACCACCAUCAACCGCUACACUAAAACCAUCCUGGAGUUCAAGCACAAGCGCAGAAACAUCGAGAAGAACCUGAAGAUCAAGCAGAAGCUGUUGGAGCUGGACUCUCCAGAGCAAGUGUGGGACAUGUAUAUCAGCUCUGUGCCGAGCACUGCCGAGGAGCUGCUGGACCUGUCGUCCAAUGGCCGCAAACUCUCCGACACCUCCAUCUUCCUGGACCUCAACGACCUGCCCAACCAACAGGGAGAGGAGUACUGCUAGAGGAGCAAGUCGAAGCAAUGUCAAGAAACUGUGUGUCAUUGUCACGUUCAAUCUGAUACAGAGAUAAUUACUGUAAACAGAGUGAGACCACAGGUCAAAGUUUAGUUUUUUGGCCAUUUGGUGACAAUGGUCUACAACAAGUGGAAUAUAUAAUACACACACUUAAUAUAGUAUGAUCUCGUAAAUUUAAUAGGCUCUAGAUAACUUGCUAGAUCCUGUUCAAAACAGAAUCAAUUUCAAAUAUUUAAACCGUUGAGUCUAUCUUUACAAGCUCUAUGUUAUUUUAAAAUAUAGUUUUUAAAACUUCAAUAAACAGAUUUAGGUCAUUGGAUUACACAUUAAAGGUUCAGUGUGUAGAAUUUAUCUAUCAAUUCAAAAUGUUUGACUAUUUAAACAUUCAGCAGACGUACAGCUACACCAGCAUUCAUUUGGAGUCAUGUUUCUGGCAACCUGGCAAAUGUAAGUCUAGAAUCCAAACUCAGUUUUGUCCACACUAACAUGUGAGCUAGUGGCUCGGUUUGUCCAGCUGCUGUCCAGCGCUGGGCAGGUAGUGUACAGUGGCUUUAUUGAGAAUUACUUCCUGCUCGAAACAAGAGGAUAGAAAAGCAGGGUUAGUCUGGACCAAAUCAACAAAGUUGUCGGCCACAAAACCUAAAUAAUAAGCUGAAAGACACUGGAAAGCUUUGCAGAGUUAAGAUGAGUCUCUUUGCGUUCAUCAUUACCGUCCAACCCCUCUGACAUUAGACAUCGUCAGUUGGUAUGAAAUAGUGAUGAGUGCAUUUUGGCUUUCUUGUCUAUACCUAAAGCCAUGUAACUUCUUUGAUCAGUCCGGGCUGUGGCUACCACUGGAUUUCGGGGAAGCAUACAUUUGAGCCACCUGCUACAUAAUGUGCAGUUAAAUUCGUAGUUGUUGAAAUAGUCAGAACAUGACAAUAGAAACAUUAUUCUAGGUUUAGAGUUGAAAAAUUGUUGAUAAUGAGUAUAUACGAUAAAUAAUAUACUGUAAGUAUAGUCAGUCACUAUAACCAGUAUAGUGUUAAGGCGGUGGCUCCAAAUCCUGAUAUUGACAACGCUGUCGUGGAUUAGCUUAUACUGGUGCUGUAUCACUACAGAAAUAAAGAUUAGACUUUAAGUAGGUUCACUAUUUGACUAUUCUUGCACAAACACUCUAGAAACCAAACUUUUGGGUUUUUUAAUCAAAUGACCCACAGUAGCUAUUUUACAACAGCUAUUAGCCAACUGGCUCCUUGCUAGCACACAGAUGCUAAAAUCUAUAACCUGCCACAGAUCAAAGUCAGUGUCCUGUUGUGAUAUUGUGAUAAUUACCUCAAAGAUGUUUUGGCCAAAUCAUGAUUUUUUUCUAUUGUAUUCUCUGUGGCCCGGUAUCUGCCAGAGGGUUGGCUACUAGCAAACUUUCUUUCCGAGCAUUAACUGUUUUCCAGCAGCCUUAAACUCGCUCCAUCAUUUGCAGUUACAGUUGAGUUAACUCCUCCGUGAACUCCGUCCCCGCUGUCACGAUGCAGAAAAGCUAAUGUCUCUAAAACUCCCUCGUCUUGUGCGAGCUCCGAAUGUGAUUGUUAACAGUCGUCUCUGCGAUGGUCUCAGUUGUUUACUGUGACAACAAAGUGUCAGAAUUGAUGUAGUGACGAUGUAUUGAUGCUAAAAUGCUACAUGUAGCACCUUUGAGAACCAGUUGCUGAAGGGUUCCUACUUAGCCGAACCACGUUAUAUGAGCCUCACAAUAGGUGUUGACUCACAAUAUACCUCUACACAAGUGAUACUGCUGUGAAGGGUCACUGCUUAAACCCUGUGAGUUAAAAGGAGAAGGGAGCUGAGGAUUGGACCAGCGAACUAACAGAGUGUGAAGAUGAAGCUCUGUGGUGAGGAAAUGGCCUGAUCCACUAUAGCACACUCUGGCUCUCAAGCCUCUUGGUUCACUGCCUGUUGGAUUGUGUCCAUUAAGGGGAAAAUGUACAAAUUUGUUAAAGCUGUGUGUGACUUGCUGUAAACACAUUGAUGGACAGCCCAGGGAUGAGGAGCUCAUACUGGUUUUAAUGGUAGUCGUACUUUAUAUCGAAUUGAUGACGUGCUGCCUCCAACGUGUGAACCGAAUAGAAUACGAUCUCACCUUCUCAGAUUUUGUGUUCUGAUCUGUGAGAGAAUUUAAUGUUUUUUUUGUUUUUCUUGUCUCGCUAUGGAUGAAGUGUUUCACAAAAGGGAGACCUGAGGAUUGCCGUUCCAUCCACAGAGAAGUAAAAGAUGUUGUCAGAGUGUAAAGGAUGAUGGUCGUGUGGGUAGAAGAUGAAGAGCAUGGCCGUAGAAGAUCGGCCAUGCUGAGUGCCUUUACUUCCAGCAGCAUGCCUCUGAUCAGACAGCAUGCUCUGCUCAUGAUAUUUUAACAAAGGCAAUGCUGUUUCUCCAGCUAAUAACUGCUUUAGUGGGAACAUGUAGAUGUCCGUGCAAACUGCCAAAACCUGUCAGUGAGAGGAGCCCGCCUCUUUUGAAUCUUGCAGUGUUAAUAUUUACUUAACAGUGGGUACUUUCUUAUAUAUUCACAGCACUGUAUUGACUGAGAGACUCAGAACAAGAUUGUAGUUAAAUACAAUUUACUUUUAAGUGCAUUUGAAAAUGUGACUUAUGUUUGUGUGUUUUAUUUAUUUGGUCAUUUAACAAUGAAAUGUAUUGUAGACAACUUUCAGAUGAACUCUGGUUCAUUGUAAACUCUGUGUCAUUACCCUGGGUGGUAGUGAACUCUGAAGCAUGGAAUGUUGUCUUUCUGUGUGUGUCCAUCUUCUUUCAAGUGGCACUUUUUGUGUAGUGUUCUUUAGUUACAUUUUUGUGGAUAAUUAUUUGCAACCUAAUAUAUUGAUAUUGACAACAACUUUAUAUGAGAGUAUUUAAUUUAAAGUUGAAUAAGAACAGACCAUCAUAAUAAACCAACAUGUUUUUA